CACGAUGGCUUUUAGUUUGGGUGUGUAAAAUGGGAGGGUGAAACACGAGAAUAGGCGACUCACCGUGCAGCAUGUCUGGUUAUCUGACUUUCACUUUCUACACCAGCGAGAGGUUGAAGGAGGAAGAUACCGCGACAGCGAGAGGACGGAAACAAACACAAAGCCCCUGGACUCACAGCUGAAACUAGAGACAACUUUAGCUAAAUCUCUGAGAAUUGGAUUAGAGCUAAAUAAUCCUCCACAGUUGUGUAGUGUCAUGUGUGGCUGAAGUGUUUCUUGGUGGGCGCAAGAAUAAAUUGAAAGGCUUUAAAAAAAUACAGAGACAAACUGCGCCACCGAGGAGAAUCAAAAUGAGCAUUCAGGGACAGGAACAGGUGGAGAAGAAAUACGACCCCCUAGAUACGACCCUGAAGUUUGUCAAAGGGAGGGACGACUUGGAUCCAGUGUCCUCAGACGACGGCAGUCUCAGAGCAGAGAUGUCCUGCGGCCACGCUGUCACUCCUGACUCUCUAACACUGUGGUGUCGCAGCCAACUGGAUGAGGGUCAUUUUAAAUUCAGAUGCCCUGCACUGGUGGAGGAUACCAAACAGUGCAAUAAACUGUGGUCGUACCGAGAGGUGCGCAGACUGGCUGAUUUGUCUGUAGAGGAAAUGCAUCACUUUGAAGAGACCAUUGCCCGCCUGGCUGCUGCAGAAUACUGUGAAUUUCAGCCAUGUCCACAGUGCAAAACAAGUAUGGAGAGGAAGGAUCUCUCCAACCUGUGUGUCCAGUGCACCAUAUGCACAGCUGAUCAGAAGAAGGCCUACCAGUUCUGCUGGCAGUGUCAGAAGGAAUGGAAAGGUCAAGGCCCUCGAUCUGACCGCUGCGACAAUGACGGCUGCUGCAACAGGGACCUGCAAAUUCUGCACACAUGUAAGACCAUCAGUUUGCCCGAGGUGAAGGGGGUCACCGACUGCCCCUCUGUCCGAGCCUGUCCUACAUGCGGCAUGAAGGUGGAGCAUAGUCAACAAUACUGCAAAAAUAUCAACUGCCCUCGCUGCCACGUGGAGUUUUGUUUUGUCUGCCUGAAACCAAAGCGUGAAUGUUCCACGACCAGUUCACCAUAUGAAAUCUGUCCUAGUGGUGUGGCUCCUAGACAGACCUCUAUACCUGUGUGGCAGAGAAAAUGAAAAAAAAAUACUUUUUUUAUUAAAGACUAAAGGUAUUCGUAUUAUAGUACCCUGUAAACUCUUAGCAAUUGUUGAUGUGUGACAAACACACAUGCUGUAACUCCAUCUGAGAUAUAACAUCUUUUUUACUUGUGGCCCUACUCUGCCUCCUUCUGGCUGGACUUUAAGUUACACAUGACAACGUCUGAUUACUGUGAAUGACUAUCACUCUGUACUAAGCUGCUUAUAAUGUUAGAUAAAUUCGAUGUCUACAAAAUUAAUCUUCUCGAAGAAAGUUGAUUUAGAUUUUGACUUCUGAAAAUGUCAUUCAAAAGAUACACACUUUUGUAUAAUGG